AUGUCGCAGAGAAGUUGUCUUGUGUGGAUAUUUUUACUCGGCGGCGGCGUUCUAUUGGUUUCGUCAUUGGGACCAGAGUACGGUAAUAGAACCGAUACCUGCGGUGUUUGUCAAAAUGGCGGAAUGUGUAAUGACACUUUACCACAAUGCAUUUGUCCGAAGUACUUCCGGGGAAACCAGUGCGAAGAAGUCGGUACUUAUGAUUGCAACCGAGAUGGUUGCUUGAAUGGUGGACACUGCCUACUAACCGGUAUAUGCCACUGCCCGGUGUCUUUCUACGGAGACUAUUGUCAGUACAGAGACGGCUGGUGGUACACCAAAAUCAAUGCCAAGACGGAAGAACGUUCCACCAUUGUAUCUAUUACGUCAGCAAUGAUCGUAUUGGUUAUUAUAUGCUCAACUAUUAUUUGCAUGAAUCUGAAGAGAGACUCUUUACCGUCGCGGAUUGAUUCUUUCGACUCUACUCACUCCGAUGAAUUACCACCCAGUGUCCACGUGGACGGACCACCGCGCAUGCGUCCCACACCAUUCGCCACUGAACGGGAAAGCGCAGACCAUGUACGCAGAGCACACUGGAUGCUUCCGUUUCAAAGUUUACCCAACUCCUCUGCGAUCCACAAUGUCCCAGAUCUACCACAGGCUGUGACACCACGCAAGUAUACUUUAAUCGUUUCACUGAAGGACGAAACAACGUUAACCGGGCCAGUACUUACUACGGCCAGAGAUAGUCAGAAUAGUAUACCUCCAUCAUAUGAAGAAGUUAUCCGACAUUAUGGUCAAGUUACUGCAGCAAGUCAAGAACACGAAAGUUCGGAGAGUGACAAAUUUACGCAAAUAUCGCCAUUGGUGGAAUGUAACCAAAUGCACGACAAUUUUCAUGACAGGUUCAACCACUUUGAUAACAUUUCUCACCAAAGAUAUGACUUUGACGAUAUGAACGAAUAUGACAAUUCACCGGGCUAUGAUUGUAAUUCACUGUCAACACCAAAAAGUGAAUAUUCCGGCUUGAUGUUUGCAUGUCAUUCUACAAAUGAAGAAAGUUUACCUUUCUUAGACAAAAAAACAGAUAAACAGCGCACUCGCCAAUCUUCGUCGUCAACCGACUGA